AUGCCGUCGCUUGCGCGUCUGUCUCAGCCAUGGUGCACAGCUUCUGUCCGCCACAAAGUUCGCAUGGAGAUGAUGAUGUGCGUGCUUCCGCUCGUGUCUGCCACAUCCUACUGCGUGUCUCUCGCCGCAGGCAAGGACUUGUCGAUUUCAAAGAAGGUCUUCCUCCUUCAGGCGACUCUUCUGUUUCUGUUGGCAGCGGUGUCUGCACAGCUGAAGUUUCUGAACUCUUUGAACAGCUUAGUCUACUUCAUGGAGAACCCUCGCCACAGCAACGGCUUGUUGAGCACUUGUGCAUUCAUUUCUAUGCGGCUUUCCAUGGCUGAAGUGAUGAUGUCCUGUGACAACGAGGAAGUUGUACAGAUCUCUUUUGAGAUGUUUGAGUCUGCCGUCCUGUGCAUGUGCGUUUUGGAUGAACCAGAGCAGCUGAUGAACCAAUUCAGCUGUUUCUGCUGUUUUGCUUGCGGACGGUUUGUGUGGCUAGGCCAGGCAAGGCCUGUAGCAUUCACAAGCCUUCGGGUAUGCUCCGCCCUACUUCAUGUUGUUGGGCUCCAAGCAAUGAGCCAGCGGACUCGCUGCCUACGUGCACACCAGAAACCUCUAACAGCCGAAAUCCUAAAGCAAUUUGCCGGCUUGCAUGAAAACAGCCCGAAGCAGGGCUGCUCGCAACAAAGAAAGCAGAUACAACUUCGCCGACGACACCGCUCACUGUUAUACCUGCGGCCAGCAUGUGGAUGUGAUGCAGCUGCAAUCAUUGACCAAAUCCGGAAGCGGAGAGCCCGGUGCAAGACAUGCUUCAGUGAGUUUCUGUGGAAAGGCCAGUUCCUGAGGCAGGGAUGGCUGACAGCCGAAAUUCUGGAAUACAUCCAGUCCUUCGUAGAGGAUGACCCACAGCAAGUGAUCACCUACGCAGGCCUCCUGGAAGAUGAUGGUUCAUCGCAGGUAUCCAGCAUCGAUUCCAUGGAGCGGGACAGCAACGACGGCUCAGUUGCCAGCUCGUUGUCAUCCGUUGCGGCCCUGAGGAGAAGCGUGAACGAUCGACUCCGACAUCUCGCGUGCACUCCAACCCCUGGCAUGCACUUAGACACGAAGAGGAACGACCCAUCCGAACCGCAGACAACGUUUCCCUUGCUGGUCAAGCCGCUGUGCAUGCUUGAUGUGAAUCAGCUCUGA